UUAUUAUUGCGUGUUUCCUGAAACGCGACGACGAACAACCGAAGCGAAAACGGACGCGGCGAGUACUCCGUCAUUAACGGCGCUGAUCCGCCGCGUCGAUGGUUUUCUUUUUUUCGUUGGUUUUUCGAGGAAGCCGGCAGUCUAAGGGCGAGGAGAGGUUUGUUACGAUGUUGAGCGCGUAGUUGCCAAAACACCAUCAUUAUAAUUAAUAUUACUGUACACAUUUUCAUGGGGUCGGUGUAUAACCACUUCCCCUCUUAGCGAACAACGUCACUUCGUCUUUCUCGUGGUCUCUUUCAAUCGUUCUCUCUCUAUCCCCCAUCCCAACCCCUCCCGAACGACCGUUCACCGCCUACGAGAGGCGCAGUCGCGCGCGCACGCACACACAACACGUACCCACACAGUUGACGGCGGCAAGCACACACGCCACGUUUUCACACAUACACACACGCACGAAAAGGUGAGCGCGCGCACCAACCACCGCGCACACAAACACACUCGUCGUCAACACGGGUCAACGUUUCUCGCGCAACACUGUUAAUCUCUUCCGAAGCACCGCUGCCUACGCGUAAACAUUUUUCGUCGAAAGUCCCCGAACGUCGACGAAUGUUACGCGCUGCGUCGCGUUCGCACGGUCCUAGACGGUAAGUCCAAACCAUCCACACGCACCGCCGUCGCACUCGUGACCGCGGUCCACUACGGGGCUCUUUGGGACGACCAGCAGUUGUGUUACCAACGACAACAUCGUCACCGCCGCCAAACGUAAUCAGCCAUCCUCGCACAGACCGCUGUAGUUUUCAGCAAAAAAUGGCCGAUCAGCAGCAAUAUUUCUUGAAAUGGAACGAUUACCAGAGCAACAUGGUGUCAUCAUUCAAACACCUGAGGAACGAGAAGAGUUUCACCGAUGUGACACUUGCAUGCGAAGGACAGACAUGCAAAGCUCACAAAAUGGUGUUAUCAGCUUGCAGCCCUUAUUUUAAAGCUUUACUAGAGGAAAAUCCAUCAAAACAUCCGAUCAUAAUUCUCAAGGAUGUACCGUUCAGUCAUUUGCAAUCUAUACUUGAAUUUAUGUAUGCAGGAGAAGUUAAUAUAAGUCAAGAACAAUUGCCAGCUUUUUUAAAGACAGCUGAUCGUUUGAAGGUCAAAGGACUUGCAGAAGCUCCACAAACUAUUAAAAAAGAUUAGUAUCUACUAUAGCAUUACUAAAUAUGUUUUAAUUAUUUUAAACUUUUAUAGAAAUAUUAACAAAGAACCUAAGUUUGCAUUUUUUCAUUGAUUUAUUAUUUUACAUGUAUUCUCUGUAUAGAAUACAUUUUACGACAGUACAAUAUAAAGCCAAAUACAACAAAAAAACAUUAUAAAAUACAAAUUUUAUUUUGUAGAAAAAAGUAUAGGGAUUCUAAUUUGUCGUUGUGUAGUUGCAAAUUGUAUUUUUUGUUUUUAUAUG